CGCACUACAAGUAUUCCGAGCUCGUGGUGAUGGAGGCCGGCGUGGAGAAGGAGGAGAUGACGGAGGAAAAGACACCGCCAGCUUGCCCCUUCAUCCCCGAGCAUUUACGAAGCUUUGUCACGAUCCGGAGAAAGCGGAAUGCGGUAGCGAAAAAUCAACAGCAGCAGCAACAGCAUCAUCAUCACGAUCAGCAGCAUCAGCAGCAACAGGAUCUCCAGGAUUAUAAUAAUCAACACCAGCAGGAUCAUGAUGUUGAUCAUUGUCAUCAUGAUGAUCAUCUUCAGCUGGCUUGUGGGUCUGAGUCUCUCUUCUCCCAGUUUGACUCCACGCCCCCUCUUCCCACUCGCACCCCCCGCUUACGCCACCGGAGUAGUGGUGGUGGUGGUGGCGAUGGUGGUGAUGGCCAUGAGGUGAUGGUGAUGAUGGAGAUGUUCCGCCUAAGGUUGAUGGCAUCAACAAAGAUGGGAGCGCGAGGUGGUGAUGAUGGUGGUGAUGAUGAUGAAGAUGUCACUCAAACGCUUUUGCUAAACCACGAUUGCCACUCUGAGGAUGCAAUGAGAUUUGGAGAUGGUGGUAGUAAUCAUGGUGGUGUUGAUUCUGAUGGUGGUGGUCACGAUAGUAGUUUUGGUGAAUGUGGUGGUAGUGAUGAUGGUUGUGGAAACAACAGUCCUAUUGGUUCUGUUCACAAUAGCUGUGGUGUAGAUGUAGAUGUCUGUGGUGAUGGAGGCGAUGAUGAUGGUGUUGGUAGAGAUGGUGGUGAUGGUGGUGAUGGUGUUUGUGAAGAACAAACUUUGUGGGUGACCUGUGCACCAUCACCGCAUUACCAUUCCGAACCCCCAAACCCUUACCAGAGUAACAGUGAUGCUGAUGAUGGUGAUACUAAAUACAUUUGUGAUCAAGAUCAGUUUCCUGAUCGUGAUGAUUAUGAUGUUGGAGAUUGUGUUAAUGUCCACUGCAUUGUUCGAGAUGAUGUUGAUGAUGAUGUGAUUGGAGAUAAUCCUCAAGAAAUCUGUGGACAAGGUGAAGAUGAUGACUAUGACAAUGCUGAUGAUGAUCAUGAUGAUUCCGAUGAUCAUGAUGAUGAUCAUGAUGCUGGACCUCCUAACUUCAGCACGAGAGAAGAGACAGCCUCGUUGUCCAAGUGCACUUUAAACUGUUUAGACGACUCGGACACAUCUCAUUGGACACUCGGACAAGACUCAAGUGUCUACCUCGACCCAGAACUCAAAGACCAGGACAUUCAGUGUACCUUGUCUUUGUUUAGUGAUGUAUCUGACUUGUCUCAGAAGACGCUAGAUCCAUUGUUGGACUUGGACAGUGCUACACGGACACUCGGACAAGACUCGAGUGUCUAUUUAGACACAGAACUCAAAGAUCAGGACAUUCAAUGUACCUUGCCUUGGUUUAGUGAUGUGUCUGACUCGUCUGAGAAGACAUCCUAUUUAGAGGACUCGGACAGUGCUACACGGACACUCGGACAAGAAUCGAGUGUCUAUUUACACACGGAACUCCAAGAUCAGGACAUUCAAUGUACCUUGCCUUGGUUUAGUGAUGUGUCUGACUCGUCCGAAAAGACGCUAGAUCCAUUGUUGGACUUGGGCAACACUACACAGACAUUCGGACAAAACUCAAGUGUCUGCUUAGACACGGAACUCAAAGAUCAGGACGUUCAAGUAACCUUGUCUUGGACAGAGAGUGAAGUGUCAAGCCUGGGUUGUGAUGCUGAUGUUGGUGGAGGUGGUGGUCAGAGUGGUGGUGGUGAUGAUGUCGAUUAUUGCAGUGUUGGUCGUGGUGGUGAUGGUGUUAAUUAUGACAUGCAUGGCGGUGGUAUUAGUGAUGGUGACAGCAAUGAUGAUGAUCAUGCUUUAUGUCAAGAUGUUGAUGGUGCAUUUCAAAUUAGUGGCUUUGGCGAUGGUGUUGAUGAUCGUGAUCAUCAUGAUGAUGGUGUUGAUCAUUGUGAUGGUCGCUGUUUUAGUGGUGAUGGUGGUGGUGGGCGUGAAGUGGGUUGUUCUGUGCCACUCUGGGUGCUGUCCCUGCCCGAUAUGGAGUUGCGUGGGGCGCUCAACGCUCUGGGCGUCAGGGCGGCUCCAGUCGUAAGCAGCACCCGUGGACUCAUGCAGAGACUCCUGCUCAUGCGCAUGGUGGCAUCAGCGUCGGACUGCCAGAGCCUAGCCCAAGCCGCCACGCCACCCUCGCUCACAGUGUGCUACAGCCUGGAGAUGCGUCGGGCCCUGUUGACUGGCCUGAUUCCCGACUGCUCCGAGGAUGAGGAGCUCGUGAAGUCCCAAUUCGACUCCUGGACCCUAACCUCACGACCUCGGCCGAGGGGCAGACGGAGGAGCAUGGGGAGGGUUCGGUGCAUCAAGAACUGCUUCAACUACCUCCUGCUUGACCCGCGCAGCAAACUUAUGGCUCCAAGUGGAGGUGGUGAGCAAGGUGGUGAGCAGUUCCGUAUCUUCGUGAGUUCCAUCUUCUACGUUGGAAAAGGUUCAGGAAAUCGCCCGUUUCAUCAUCUCCAGGAGGCAAUGGCUCACCUCCACUCGCCACACAUACAGGUACACUCACCACACUGUCACUCACCACACACGGAUACACUCAUCGCCAUUCACCACAGGCACAGGUACACUCACCAACAACAACAGAUGCCAUUCGCCACUAAGUGGCGGUGAUGUCACCAUGAUGUCUGUACCAGGCCAAAUGCCAGACCAGCCACUCGCCACAUUUAGAGGUACACUCACCACAAAUAUAAAGAUCUCCCAUAUAGCCUGAAUAGACUGUUGUGGCAAGUGCUGUUUGCAAACACCUAUGAAGGCCAGAAUGGUAUAUAGUAGAACCUCUAGUCACGACCAUAAUUCGUUCCAUAACUUUGGUCGCAACCCGAUUUGGUCGUGACUCGAACCUAAUUUCCCCAUUGGAUGUAAAUAUGAUUAAUCCGUUCCAGACUCCUAUGAACUGUAUAUAAAUAUUGUUUUUUAAAGAUUUUUAAGCACAAAAAUAGUUAAUUAUGCCAUAGAAUUCACAGUGUAAUAGUAAACUAAAUGUAAAAACAUUGAAUAACACUGAGAAAACCUUGAACAACAGAGAAAACUAACAUUGCCGUGUCAAGGUUUAGAAUCGUUCAACAAGAUGAUUGUUUCGUCUGCUACAUCAGUCGGUCGAUUCUGAGAGAGAGAGAGAGAAAAUUCGUACGAGCAAUUCAUGUUUAUAUUGAAAGUAAGUAAACAGUAAUAUUUGGGUACAGAAUUGUUUUUGGAAGCAUUCAUUGUAAUAUCGUAUGAACGUUUACUUCACCGCAUCAUCGUAUGAAUGAUGCGAGAAGAGAUUCACGGGUUCUUAUGUUAGCGAUUUACGUACUCAGCGCUUUCGCUCACUAAAUUACGGCUUGAAUGAGGGGGAGGGGUAUGACUACACUCACAAAAUUAAUAUCUUACUAGGAAUUUUAUAUAACAAAAGUGAUAUACUUAACUGUUACGCUUUGUGUUGUUUGUAAACAAACAACAUGAAAUUUGGCGCUUACAAAAAAAAUGGCGCGGAA